AUGGCUUCGUCUUCGCCAACUGCCACCCGCUCCGACGUAGUAUUUUGUGCUCCAGAUGCCGAGAUCACCCUACGGUCCUCCGACGGUGUCGACUUUAACGUCCAUAUCUCCAUCCUCAGGCUUAUCUCCCAUGUCUUCGUGGAUAUGCUCUCAAUCCCCCAAAGCCCCGCGCUGGAGGCCAGCAAGCGCCCGGUAGUUCAGAUGACUGAGGACACCGACACUCUUCGUCUUCUCUUGAGCUUCUGCUACCCACGGUCCUUUAUUGAAGAACCUUCACUCUACACCCUCGAAGAUAUCAAACGCACCGCAGUCCUCGCGCAGAAGUAUGACAUUGAUUUUCUGCGCGAGAGAUCUGAAUCGGCCCUGGUCAAGCUUUCAGCACUGAAGCCAUUUGCAGCAUAUGCAGUGGCAUGGCGGUUUGGUUAUGCCGCAGCUGUCCGUGCGGCUGCACGGAAGACUCUGGAUGCUCCGUACGCCUUGCGUGCAUGUGGGAGCCGUACUACACCUGGGAGCUAUGAACACACAGUCGAAUACGACGAAGUACCAGGAACCGCGUUCAUACGCUUAUGGCGCUAUCAUGACGCCAUGUUGGAACUUGGUUCAAUAGCCUACGCGACUAAGGAGUGCCCGAUCUCUUGGGUCGGCGCUGAGACCGUCAGAGCCCAGCGUCUGGGAAAUGACGAGGCGGAGGUCUGCAAUUGUCCCCGGGAGACUAUCUGGUUCGCAAAUCACCGCGACGGUGGUGUAUCGAACGUCGAGCAACGACGCGUCCACACCUGGUGGCGCAGCUACACGCAGCUUGUCUUACUCGCGUUCAUGCAGGAGUAUCGGCCAUCGCUGGAACAUAUUCUCGACGAUCAAAUGCUUGUUGCCAUGAAUAGGGCAGGAGGGUGCUUAACGUGCUCUCUCACUGCGUGCAGUGUGCUGCCAACAACCAAGGAACCCCUCCGUAAUGAGAUUGAGCGUCGUCUUGACGAGGUGCGCCUUGAUGUGUUCUGUUGA